AUGAAUUUUCCCAAGGUCCUUCAGAACUGUUCCAAUCUAACAGAGCUAUCGCUACGCACAGCAGACCCAAUCCCGGUCUAUAAGAUGGUUAUGGAUAAUAUCAACGAUUCGCUAAAGCUUGGGACACUGGAGCUCGGUCCUAUAGACGAGGUAACGAUUGUCAAGCUCGGGAGAGGCGAUAUCCAGACAACGGAAGUCUUGAUGCGCAGCGUCCAGUAUCUACAUCUACCCUAUCUGACCCUCAUCCAAACAGGACACUUUACUCGAUUGUCGACGACGUCUCCUCCUUCCGAGGAAGAUGUGCCUCUGCUAGUUAGCCUCAAGGAUGGAAAUUAUAAUUUGGAACACUACAACGCGUUUAUGGCGGGACUUGUAGCACAGUUCAAGGUCUUCGAGGGGAUCCAGGGAGCCGAGACCCAUCUCAAAUUUGUGGAGCGGGACAUUGGGCCGCUCGUGGACGACACCAUCACGUUUAUUCAGGGCCAGCAAUAA